UGCAGGGGCGGGGCGGCGGGCGGGGCGAGCCGCGAGCGCCCGGCGGAGCCCGCCUGGCGGGGCGCGGGGCGCGGGCCGCGGCGCGGCCAUGAAGCUGAAGCUGAAGAACGUGUUUCUCGCCUACUUCCUGGUGUCCAUCGCCGGCCUCCUCUACGCGCUGGUGCAGCUCGGCCAGCCAUGUGACUGCCUCCCUCCCUUGCGGGCAGCGGCUGAACAGCUGCGGCAGAAGGAUCUGAAGAUUUCCCAGCUGGAAGCUGACCUCCGAAGGCCACCCCCCGCCCCUGCCCAGCCCCCUGAGCCCGAGGCCCUGCCUACUAUCUAUGUCAUUACCCCCACCUACUCCAGGCUGGUACAGAAGGCGGAGCUGGUGCGGCUGUCCCAGACCCUGAGCCUGGUGCCCCGGCUGCACUGGCUGCUGGUGGAGGACGCCGAGGGCCCCACGCCGCUGGUCUCAGGGCUGCUGGCCGCCUCUGGCCUCCUCUUCACGCACCUGGCGGUGCUCACCCCCAGUGCCCAGCGGCUCCGGGACGGGGAGCCCGGCUGGCUGAGGCCCCGCGGGGUGGAGCAGCGGAACAGGGCCCUAGACUGGCUCCGGAGCGGAGGGGGCGCCGUGGGGGGAGAGAAGGCCCCCCCGCCGCCGGGGACCCCGGGGGUGGUGUACUUCGCGGAUGACGACAACACGUACAGCCGGGAGCUCUUUGAGGAGAUGCGCUGGACCCGCGGCGUCUCUGUGUGGCCCGUGGGGCUGGUGGGCGGCCUGCGCUUCGAGGGCCCCCGCGUGCAGGACGGCCGCGUGGUGGGCUUCCACACGGCCUGGGAGCCCACCAGGCCCUUCCCCAUGGACAUGGCAGGCUUUGCCAUCGCUCUGCCCCUGCUCCUGUCCAAGCCCAAUGCCCAGUUUGAUGCUGCGGCGCCCCGGGGCCACCUAGAGAGCAGCCUCCUGAGCCACCUCGUGGACCCCAAAGACCUGGAGCCCCGGGCGGCCAACUGCUCUCGGGUUCUGGUGUGGCACACGCGGACGGAGAAGCCCAAGAUGAAGCAGGAGGAGCAGCUCCAGCGGCAGGGCCGAGGGUCAGACCCUGCCAUUGAGGUGUGACCGCGGCGCCACCCACCCACCAGCGCCACCUCCUCAGGCGCAGCCCGCGUGGGCACCCAGCGCCUGGCCCGGCGCGGGGGGCUGUGGUAUUCCGAGUCCCCGCUGACCCCUUAGCGCGCCAGGCCGGCCCCAAGGGCCCUUCUGUCCCGGGGAGCGCCCCGCCCCUCCCCUCGCCGCCACCGCCAGCCCUGUGACCGCUGCCCACAGGCUGGGGACAAGCGGCCCCAUUGAGUAUUGAGCCCCGGCAAACCCCGCUUGGGUCGCACAGAAGGACGGACGGACUCAGGGCGGGCAGCUGGGUUGCGGGGUAACUUAUUGGGGCUGGGCAUGCACUGGGGGGCUGGAGGAACUGGGCUGGACCCUCCCACCUGAGCAUGCUGCCCCCACCGUGAAUAAACAGUCUCCACCCA